GCUACUGAACAAAAUUUGGCAAUUUCGAACAGAAAGGAAAACAAAACAUAUCGUAUUAUUAAAAAAAGGCUUUUAGCCGCUUUGUCGUGCCUAUUCGUCAAAACAAGAGUCAAAUUUCAAAAAUACAACUCCAUUUUAAAUCCUGUUUUUAUCGGUCCUGCAGUGGUAUUAUGAACCAUGCCAUUCCAGUCACUGGUCUGGACUAACUGGUUCAUUUUAGGUCCAGCUUUUCCUAUCACCUACCUACUAUAAUCUAUUAUUAACCAAACGGUAAUUUUUAUUAUGAAUAAUAAACUCUAUUGAGAGACUUAUUUUGAAGUUUGCGGGUUAUGCCUUGUAGUUUGUCUGCCUAUCAUCGUUGUUUUGGUCUAUAAAACGCUUUCUCCUUCUCGAAAUCUUCAUUAAUGGUCUCUCGUGUGAACAGAAACCAGAGGACUUAUAAAAAAAGAUAAGAAUAUUUUUAGACUUCUUGUUAGGAAAAAUCGAGUGAUGAACCUGGAGUACGGAGGUGCUCGAUCAUUUUGGUCUGCCUACAUUCGCUGUUUUGGCCUAUUAAACGCUUUUAUCUUCUCUUCAUCUUCAUUGGUGGGUCGGUCAAGUGUACAGAGAUCAGAGACUGAUAAGAAAAGACGAAUAAUAAUAUUUAUAAAAUAUUUCUUGUUGAGCAAAACCGAGCAAUGUACCUGAAGUUCGGAGAUGUUUCCGAUCAUUUUGGUCUGCCUACAUUCGCUGGUUUGGCCUGUUAAACGCUUUUAUCUUCUCAACAUCUUUAGUGGUGGGUUGUCAAGUGAACAGAGACCAAUAAGAAUAGAAGAAUAAGGUCAUUUAUAACAGAGAUUUUUAUUGGAGUCUGACCGGGUGAACCUGUAAUUUGGUCGUUUUGGCAGCCAAAUCUUUGGUAUUUUAGUUUAUCGGACGCAUUCUGCUUCUCGCCAUCUUCAGUGGGUCUGUCGCCGAAACUAGCGAGAAUAUACUGUUUAUAUUGUUUAUAAUAGCAUCCCUGAAUAUUCACAUUUUUUUAAAUUUACGAUCAACCUGUGUCUGGGUUAUAACUCGGUACUAUUACUUGCAGGAAUUUGUUUUGCAUCGUACGCCUAUGUACGAUUAAAAAAAGUUUAAUCACAAAUUUCUCCUUGAGUUAUGAGGGAUUUGGUCAUUUUUGGCUGUCUGUCUUCGCGGUCUAUCGUCGGUUGGUCAUUCCCGAUCGUUUUUGUCUGCCAAUCUUUGCUGUUUUGUUCUGUAGGACGCUUUGUCCUUCUCGCCAUCUUCAACAGAAGGUUGGUCACCGAACCCUGUGAAAAUAUACUAAUAAGAAUAUCUAAUAGUGAGAUUUCUUGUAGGGUGGCGUCGAACCGGGUGACGAACCAAAUUUGGUCUUUUUCUAUCAUUUUGGUUCGCCAACCCUCGCUGCUUUGGUCUUUUAGGCACGCUUCGGCUUCUCGCCACAUUCACUAGUAGGUUUGUCACGGAAACCAGCAAGAACAGACAGAUGAGAAAAUUUAUAAUAGAUUUCUUUUUGGAGUAUGGUGGUGAAUCUGUAGUUUGGUCAUUUAUGAUUAUUUUUGUCAGACUAUCCUCGUCGUUUUGGUCCAUCAGACGCUGUCUGCUUUUCGGCAUCUUUAGCGGUGUGUAUGUGUUGAUGCCUCGACCUAUUAAUGACCUUGACUAGUUUUAGUUUAUUCGUUUUGCAUGGAUGGGUUUUUGAAUUCAGGGAUGGAGUCUAAUCGGGUGAUGAAUCUGCAGUUAGCUCAAUUUGGGAGUGCUUAUCCUCAAUUUUUACUGUCCGGCACGUUUCGGUUCCUCUACAUCUUCAGUAUAUGUCACAGAACUGAUAUGGCUAUUUAUAAUAGUAAGAUUUCUUGUUAGAAUCUAACCGGGUGAUGAACCUGCAGUGUGACCAUUUUUGUAUGGCAAACCUUGUUGUUUCGGUCUGACAGACGCUUUCUCCUCCUCGACAUCCUCAUUGGUAGGUCUGUCACCGAAACCAGCAAUAAUAUACGGAUUAAAAUAUUUAUAAUAGUUAUUCUUGUCUACCGGAUGUGAUAAACCUGUAGUUGAUAGUGUCCGAUCUUUUUAUUCUAUCGCUGUUUUGGUUUAUUUGACGUGUUUGAUCUUCUCGCCAUCUUUAGUGGUGAGUGUGUCAUGAGACCAGCAAGAAUAGAAAGAUAUUUGGAAUAAUAAGAUUUUUUCUCGGGGUCAACAGGGUGAUUAAUUUAAUGCAUUUUCAUCCCUUAUCAACAUCUAUUCAUGAUGAUUUGAGUGGUUUAAAGCUACCUUAAAUCAUGUCUCGAACGACAAUCAAAUGACCGAACAUCUGAACUUAGAUGAUCGAAGAUCAACUCAGAUUCAUCACUCUCAGACCACACCAAAAUGUGUCCCAAUCCAACAUUCUGAUGCAGUCUAAUGUCCUUUUUUUCUUUUUCAAAGCGUGUUUUACAGAAAAGGGACAGAAAUGAAAACAGCGACGACAGCCAGCCCAAAAUGGUUCCCUAUUCUCCCGGGUUGUUCCUCUAUGAGUUUUAAUAAGUAAUUCAAUGACAAAACAUAAGAAAAAGUACUGCAGGAAUCAAACUUAGCAAACUGUGUUGACAAAAAAACCAACGAGGAUGGCCAGACCGUAUUGAUGGACAACACUAUUCCGUUGUCAUAUCACAUGAUUUUAAAGCUUUUAUUAGAAGGAGAGAUGCUAUCCCAUUAGAAAAAGCACUUCAGGCAGCUAACUUUUCAAAUAAUGAGAUUUCACCGUCCUAUCCAUUUCAGCGGUAACUGCCGUGCCACACCCUGCUUAUACUCCUGACCCUGAACGAAAAGACCGAAGAUUAAAAUGAAUGCAUGAAUUCUUCUCGUGAAAUAUUUUAAACAAUCAACCAACGCGCAAUUUUGCAUGUAUUUUGACCAGUUAAUAAUUUAUGGGACCUUUGGCCACCCUCACACCUUGGCGUGUACUUCCCACCUUUCGUCUCUAGUCGUCAUAGAUACACAACAAUAACAAUAAACCUCGUCAACAAAGGGAACAUAUGUUGUUUGUUUGUUGUUGAAUUUUUUUUUUUAGAACCGAUAAAAACUUGAGUUUUCGUUCUAAUAAAUGGCGGACCCGCCCAGCACAGGAUGUUAUUGUUGUAUAUUUUCCUCCAUGGCCAGUUUGCUCAUUCAAGAUAUAGCCAUCAACGUUUUGGCGACGAAGCCGUUCAUCAGGAACGGAUUUUUUAAGAUUCUAUUCAUCGGCAUAGUCCAGGUUGCGACUAUAAUUGCUACAUUUUUCAUAUUUGGUUAUUGUAUAUUCAGAACCUACGUUGCCAAGGCUGGGUUUUUGGGGAUUCUUUUUAAAAGGUUUAGAGCAACAGUAGUCAUCACAUUGGUGUAUUUAGCUCUCACGGUACUACUCCAUUUGAUUUCUCUCUUCAAUAAGUUGAUAGGCAAUCUCGACAAUAAAUGGCCUACGUACCUUGAAACAAUUUUCUUCUUCCACAGAUUUACGUCAAUGUUGUGGUACUAUACUUGCAAAAGAGCGAUUCUAAGACUUGCUGAUCCAAGGUUUUACGAUGAAGAAUGGGUCAGGCAUGCGUUUGUGCAUCAUGAAUCUUCAUUAGCUCCAAAACCGUUUAACUAAAAAGAGCUGUGAUUUAAUUUGCAACAAAAAAUCAAAAUACCUCUAGCUCAAUUAUUUAUACAUAAAUAACACUAAAAGAAUUUCUUUAUAUGUUUUUACUAAUAAUAAUUUGCUCAAAUAAAUAAAAAUGAAUUAAAAUCAAAUCCUGCUGUUUUUUGAUAUACAAGGGUUCAGGGUAUAGAUGAAAAAUAUUGUAAAAACUGAAAAAUUGCAGUCAAAUACAAAUAAUUUUAUAAUACUGUACAUAUAACAGAAAGACAUAAAUACAGACACUUAUGAAAACACU